GGGUGGGACUUCCUCUUUUAUUUGAAAUCCGGAAGUGUUUUGAAACAUUGUAGCAGCUUGACACAGCGAGAGAGCGUUUGCGGUGCGUUCGCUUCUGUUUGUAUGUGGCGGGGACUAUGAGAGCGCGGGAAGGAGGUGCUGAGGGCCGCGUGAGCUGAGUCACCGUGAAUCAUCUAUAUGGGCCAUUUUCUCUCCAAAAAUGGUUACAGCCUGAAGAAGAAAUCACGGAAGCUGCGCAAGAAGAAGAAGAGGAGCAGGAACUGCUUCCUUCAGGGUCCCUGCAUGCUGUGCUUCAUCGGGAGCGUCGAGGACGACUGGCCCUUCGAGAGCGCGGUGGCAGCGGCUUCCAAACUCGCCGAGCGCUACGUCUCGCUGAACUCGCCCGAAGCGUGCACCAAGUUCCUCCUCUCUCAGGGAGAGCUGGCCGUUUGGGAAGGCCAGGGUCGGAGUCUGCUCUCCAAGCUGAUCGGGCCCCCGGCGCUGUUCUGUGCCGUGGACUAUUUGGAAAUGGUGUGCAAGCGCAAGUGUGCUGAGCUGCAGCGGUGUACGCCCCGCAAACAGCCUCGCUGUGCCUUCCAGGAGGCCAUGGAGAACGGAGAGGAGCGAGGAGACCGCCGCUGCCUCCUUCCUUCGCUGCCUUCAUCCUCCUCGUCUUCCUGUCCUUUGGAGGAGGACGGAUCUGGCGCGGGGCGGCUUACAGACUCGAGCUCCGCCACAACCUCCUCCUCUUCCUCUUCCUCCUGCUGCUGUCAGCUGUCCCAAAACGAGAGCUCGGAGGAGGCGAAGAGCGCUGAAAGUACAGACACGUCCCACAUUAACCAGCUGCCCUCAUCUAUACUGCUCAAGGUGUUUUCUCUCCUGUCGGUGAAGGAGAGAUGUCUGGGUGCGUCUCUGGUCUGUAAAUACUGGCGUGAUCUCUGCUUAGACUUCCAGUUCUGGAAACAGAUCGACCUCAGCGGCCUCCAGCAGGUUACAGAUGAUCUCCUGGUGAAGAUCGCGUCCCGGAGGCAGAACGUGACUGAGAUCAACAUCUCCGACUGUCGUAACGUUCAGGACCACGGCGUUUGCUCUCUGGCGUCCAACUGUCCCGGUCUGAUCAAAUACACGGCGUACCGCUGUAAGCAGCUCAGCGAUGUGUCUCUGUGCACCGUGGCCAUCCACUGCCCGCUGCUGCAGAAAGUGCACGCCGGGAACCAGGACAAACUCACUGACCACGCGCUCAGACUGUUGGGCGAACACUGUAAAGAGCUGAAGGAUGUGCAUUUCGGCCAGUGCUACAGCAUCAGUGACGAGGGUCUGGUGGCGCUGGCGCAGGGAUGCAGUAAACUACAGAGGAUCUACAUGCAGGAGAACAAACUGGUGACAGAUAAGUCUGUGCAGGCGUUUGCGGAGAACUGUCCGGAUCUGCAGUUUGUGGGCUUCAUGGGCUGCUCGGUGACGUCUCAGGGUGUCAUACACCUCACCCGGCUGCAGCACCUGAGCAGUCUGGAUCUGCGGCACAUCUCUGAGCUCAACAACGAGACGGUGAUGGAGGUGGUGAGGAAGUGCAGGAACCUGACCUCCCUCAACCUCUGCCUCAACUGGACCAUCAACGACAGGUGUGUAGAGAUCAUCGCGAAGGAGGGUCGGAGUCUGAAGGAGCUCUAUCUGGUGUCCUGCAAGAUCACAGAUCACGCUCUAAUCUCCAUCGGUCAGUACAGCAGCACGAUUGAGACGGUGGACGCCGGCUGGUGUAAGGAGAUCACUGAUCAGGGAGCCACUCAGAUCGCCAGGAGCAGCAAGUCUCUGCGGUACCUGGGUCUGAUGCGCUGUGACAAGGUGAACGAGGAGACGGUGGAGAGACUGGUUCUGCAGUAUCCACACAUUGUGUUCAGUACAGUGAUGCAGGACUGUAAGCGGACGCUGGAACGAGCCUAUCAGAUGGGCUGGAGCCCCAACACAUCCACGGCCUCCUAACACACACACACACACACACACAUCACUGCAGAAUCAUUAUCCUUACUAUGCCGUUUAUUCCACCUUCCAACAUUAUGCACCAUGGACAUCAAUAUUAUUUGAUUUGAACAUGCACACAUGAUCCUGGCAUGCAGCGCUGCAUUUAUUUGCAUUACAACCUCCUGAAUCACACUUAACCCACAAGGAGCUUAGACUUGACUCUUAAAAUCACUAGAAAGAAAGAAGACAUUUUGCAUGAGGAAAAAAGUACACAAGAAGUUUCCCUGCAGACAUUGGUCUUUUCUGAUUGUUUGUUUUCCUCAUUAUCGUCAGACGUGAUUUUCAUUAGAUUUACUGCAGAACAAGGGACAUUUCUGUCAUUUUGAAUAAAAAGAAGCAUAAAAUAAAUACGGUGCACUUGCAACUAUGAUGCAGAAAUACUACUAUAUUAGAUAAUAUUAUUAUUAUGCUGAAAAAUAUAUAUUUUGAUCAUUAUUUUUACUUGUUUUUACAGUACAAAUAUCUAAAGUCGAGAUACAGUACGUUUACUUCAAAAGCUAAAUUAAGAUAAUAAGUUAUAUGCAAAAACAAAUGAAAAAAAUAAAUAAAAUAAAAAUGAAAUUUAUACUUGAAACAAGAAAAAAUAACUUCCACGUAAAAAUAAAAUAAAAAAUUAUGUUAAAAGAGUUAAAUAAUAAUUCGGACCCCUUUGGCAGAUAUUUGUUCUUGUUUCAAUGCAGUUUUUCAGAAAACUAAGGAAUUUUUAUUUUAUUUUAUUUUUUUAAGCCAGUGUAUCUUGAUUUGGUUAAUGUUUAGGUAUUUUUAUCGAAAAGCAAGACAAUUAUUAUUUUUUUUUUUUUUUGUGAUUCAUUUUUUGCAGUGCAUUGCAUUGCAUCAUUAAAUAUUUUAGAAUCAAUGUGUAUUUAAUAAAUAUUUACAAUAAUGCUGCAAUGCAAAAAAAGCAAAAAUAGGCUUCAUUUUCUUCAUGCAAAGUAUAUUUCUGUAUUUCUUUCUUGUUAUUUAGGGGUAAGUUGUGGCGUCUGUCAGGUCUGUUCCUGAGCGGUUCAGUGUGAUUCUCUUCAGACUUCAGUUAGUUUGUCGUUUCUCUUGCAUCCGAGUUCAUUUAGACACACAUUAGACUUUAUUUGGUUCCCUUCCUCGUACGAGACGAACCCUGACGCUCUGUGAUGUAGAUGUAGACGUGAAGACGCAGGACUGUGUUCGCUCCUGUGAAUCUGUAACCCUGUGGUUUAGGUAUAUGCACCGUUUGUAUUUGACCUGACCUGUGAGUAUUUGUGUGCGGAGGUUAGUUAGUUCACUCCUCUUCUCCUCUUCUUCUGCGCUUGCCUCGUUCAGACGAGCUGGGCGUUUUUCUAUUCUGUCGUAGGAGGAAGAGUUUAGUUACAGCCUUGAUCUUUUACUGUACGGGGAUCUGAGUCUAUUAAAAAUCACACUUCUACUUCA